AUGACUACUCAAAUUGCCCGUCGUUUAGUUAUUUUGGGUGCACCAGGUUCUGGUAAAGGAACAAUUGCUAGCCGAAUUAUAAAGACCUAUGGUAUGCCAUAUAUUGUUGUCGGAGAUUUACUUCGUUCACAUAUCCAAAGAAAGACCGAGGAAAGUAAAACAAUCAAAGAACAUAUUGAUAAAGGUCUUCUUUUACCAGAUGAACUUGUAUUAAAAUUUGUUGCUGGUGAACUUAAAAAAAUUCGUGAUAAAGGAUUUUUACUUGAUGGUUAUCCACGAACAUUAAAUCAAGCAAAAUUAUUAGAUAAAGAAAUGCAAAUUGAUCAUGUUGUUGCACUUAAUGUACCAAAUGAUGAAAUCGUUAAUCGUUUAAAAGAUAGAUGGAUUCAUGCACCUAGUGGACGUAUCUAUAAUCUUCUAUGGAAUCCACCAAAAGUUGCUGUAAAUUUAGGGAAAAAAAAUAAUUACCAUUCAUUUUUCUAUUAG